UCUCUCUCUAUCUCCCCCAAAGAUGACGCCGAUCCAGUCCCGCAAUCCCUCGUUCCUCAUCUCCCUCCUCUGCCUUAUCGAUGUGUGUGUAAGUUUGGGUUCUUCCCAUCCUACACCUCCCCCUCUUCCCAUUGCGCCCCUGCCCUCCGCCGCGCAGCUCCGGUGGCAGCUGGGCGAGAUGGCUCUCUUCCUCCACUUCGGCCCCAACACCUUCACCGACUCUGAGUGGGGCUCCGGCCACGCCCCCCCCUCCGUCUUCCGCCCGGGCUCCCUCGACGCCCGCCAGUGGGCGCGGACCGCUGCCGCUGGCGGAUUCGCCCGGGUGGUCCUCACCGCCAAGCACCACGAUGGAUUCUGUCUAUGGCCCUCCGCCUAUACUGACUACUCCGUCCGGUCGAGCCCCUGGCGCGCUGGCCGGGGCGACGUGGUGGCGGAGCUGGCGGCUGCCGCGAGGGAGUAUGGGAUCGGCAUGGGCGUCUACCUCUCCCCGUGGGAUCGGCACGAUCCGUCCUAUGGGAGCACGGUGAAGUACAAUGAGUAUUAUCUGGGGCAGAUGACCGAGUUGCUGACCAACUACGGUGAUAUUCAGGAGGUUUGGUUGGAUGGUGCAAAGGGAGAUGACAAGGAAAUGGAGUACCACUUUGAUUGCUGGUUUCAGCUUAUCCAUCAGCUCCAGCCAGGGGUUAUGAUAUUCUCUGAUGCUGGCCCGGACACUAGAUGGAUAGGAGAUGAGUCUGGAGUUGCUGGUUCUACUUGCUGGUCUCUUUUCAACAGGAGUUCUGUCACAAUUGGCCACAUUGAUGAACAAAGUUCUCGUCAUGGAGAUCCUCAUGGAAUUGAUUGGGUUCCUGCUGAGUGUGAUGUAUCCAUCAGGCCAGGAUGGUUUUGGCACAGUUCAGAACAUCCGAAGUCUGCAAUGGAACUACUUGAUAUAUAUUACGAGUCUGUAGGCAGAAACUGUCUCUUGAUCCUGAAUGUUCCCCCUAAUUCAUCAGGCCUCAUAUCUGAUGAAGACCUUCAGGUUCUUCAGGAUUUUACUGCACUUCGGAUCACCAUAUUCUCUCAUAACUUAGCUUGGAAUGCCACUGUCACUGCAAGCAGUGUGCGUGGAGGUGAUAAUGAAACUAGGUUUUCUCCCUCAAACGUACUCCAAAAAGGUAUUAGUAGUUACUGGGCUCCCGAUGAGAGUGAAUCUGAUUGGGCAAUAUUCCUUGAUCUUGAGCAAUUGAUAUCGUUCAAUGUAUUACAAAUCCAGGAGCCAAUCCAGAUGGGUCAACGUAUUAUUGAGUUCCAAGUUGACAUUCUGGCAUCUGGAGAAUGGAAGACCAUAGCAAAUGGCACAACUAUUGGAUACAAAAGGCUUCUCCGUUUUCCUAUGGUAGAAACCCAGUUUUUGAGGUUUAUCAUCAACAAGUCCCGUGCCAGCCCAUUGAUAUCUUACAUUGGCAUCCAUGCUGACCCUUUCUCCAUGGUUUAUGAUUCAGUCACUGCACGGUCUUCCUCUACCAAGAGAUUUUCCUUCAAGCGAAGAAAUAAAAGAUUUGGCUAUGCCCUCGAAUCUGCGAUCUAGGUUGAGAGUAACAUUCCUCCUGAUAAAUGUGUUUGGGCAAGUUGCACUGAGAGAAUUUGGUGUUUGGACAAUUUCAUCUCCAGCAUAGUUCAAUAAAAAGCUCAACGAGGGCAAUAAAGGAUGCCGCUUCCACCCGUGUUCAACUCCAGGGCCUUCCGCAGGUGUACAUUUUUUUUCUCGUGUGUAUAUAAGACGAGCUUUGUUGAAGUCACAAUAAAUCUGCACAUUCAUAUACUUCCCCUCUCUAAAGAUGGCUAAAAUAGUCAUAGAUAUUGUUGCAAA